UACGUUCGAUUUAUAAUUACCGCUUAGCUGAUUAACAAUAAAACAAACCCACCGGACGCGUCCUGUCCAGUUGAUUUUUUCGCACUCAAAAACUGAGAAUGGCGAGUUUCAAAGUUGUCUGCGUGGUUCUGGCUUCUGCGUUCCUUGCGUUUCAUGGCGUCAUAGCGGACGAGCAGCGACGUAAGAUUAUAGAUUUCCAUUCGGAGUGUUUAGACGUACACGGUGUAGACGAAGAAGCUUUCGUCGCUGCCCUGGACGGUCAAAUACCCGACGAUGACGCUUUCUACGAACAUUUGUUUUGCGCCGCGAAGAAAGCUAAAAUUAUGACCGAAGACGGCACCGUUAACCUAGACAAUUUCGAAGAGGAGCUUAAAGAUGUAAUCAACGCCCCGAACAUGCCCAGAAUAGCCGCCAUUAUGCGAAAGUGUCUCGUCCAGAAGAGCGAAAUAAUGGACACUAUCAAAAGUGCUGUGGACUGUUUCAUAAAGGAAGAACACGGAAUUUAAAUUCUUAUUGAACUGUAUUCGCCAAACUGCAGUAAACUAACCAAACAUGA